GUCACCAAUUGCCACCAUCUCGCUUCUGUCCGUUCAUCGCUCAUCACUCACCACUACUCCGUCAACCUCCACGCCAUCACCGGAAAGAGCGUGGCCGUGCAUAUCACGCCCCUCUGUGCAUAUACCUGCUCUCGGCAGCAGGAGAGCUUCACACAUCAACCGCGCCGGCCCUCUUCAUCCUCUCCCUCGACGCCCGACCCGCGAAACCUCACGUAGCGCCAUGCCCCUCGGCCUUAUCGGGCGCUGGGGCGGCGCGGCCGUUGCCCACGGCAAGCGCCUGAUUCACACCGUCGUGUUCAGCAUGCCCUCCAACGAAACGGGGAACGGCACGUACGCCGCGCUCGCCAAUGCGACGAACGUGACAGUCCCCGUCGCCCCCAUAGGGAAGCCACAGACCAUGCCGCAGCUCAGUUUCGCUGGAAGCGGCUAUGAUGUGACGGUCAUCAUUAUGGCGAUUCUCCUCAACCGAAUCCACAACAUCGCUCACCGCGAACGGCGCCCUCCGCCUCCGCCCCCCGACUCCCCAGGCUGGCGGGCUGCGCUCCGCCGGCGCGUCCGCACCGCUCUCACGAGUCCUGCGGCUCCCGCGUGGCUGCGCAUACCCGGCAUCCUGGUGCUGCUGCGGGCGUGGGCGCUCUUCACUGUCGUCCUCAUGCAGACGGCGCACGUGUGGCCCAGGAACGCCGGCGACGCGGUCGAGCGGCUCGACAGCUAUCUUGGUCUGAGCCGCCACGCAACAGCGUACCCGCUCAGAGGAGGGCUCACGUACUUCGCCGGCGUGAUUGACCGGUUAGGUGGUUGGGGUGCCGGCAUGCCCAUGCCCGAGGUGUGCUGGACCGUGUUCGUCAGUGUGUGCUUUGGUCUCACGAUGGGCGCGCUUUCGACCGGUCUUGACGUCGCACGACGCCGAGAUGUCGGAGUUGGCUUCAACCUUUUCGGCAUAGCCUACGUCCUUCACCUUUACGCUUCCCCAUUAACGCACGUUCGAAACCCGCAGGCGUCCCCGCAUAGCCGCCCCGACGUCCACCCUCUGUUCCAGCUCUGGAUCGGGCUCACCGAGCUCACAUGGCUGCAGAUCAACGAGCUGUCGCCCAGGCUGCGACGCAACCAGCUCGUACCCACCGGUGUAUGCGGGUCACUCGGUCUCGCAGCCUUCACUCACAGCCUCUGGACGCAGCAGCUGCGCUUCCCAAGCUUUACCUUCCUUACCCACCUGCUCGCACUCGUGCUGUCCAUUAUCAUCGGCUGCACCCUUGCCGUGCGAGCCAUCACCCUGCUCUUCACGCAAGGCCACAUCCCAUCGCCGGUACUGCAGAGCCUCUUGCCUCACGAGGGUGCACUCCCCUCGACAGAGGAUGAUAUUAGCAUUGCGCUCCUCAAGCUAGGAGUUGCGUGCAUUGAGUCGACGCAAUUCUCAGGCCUGCGAAACGAGCUUGCUCCAAUUAAGGAGACCCAACCGCAGGUGCGCAUCAACGGGGACGGUGUUGAGAUGGUCGGUGUCAAAGUCGGCAAUGGCGGUUUCGGCACACGCAUCGACAAGAUUGAAGCAAUGGAGCUGACGGAUCCGAACGCCGAGAGCCCCUACCUGGUGCACAUCACGCGGCUAGGCGCGGCGUGCGUCUUCCUCGCCCGCAAUAUUCUCUGGACGACCAUCCUGUCGACUUGGGUGGGGCGCGACAUCUAUCGCCUGGUAUGGCGGGCUUAUCAGGCCCGGUGGUGGUACGGCCCCCGACAGUGGACAUUCUGGCGCAGCGAAGCCUGGGAGGCACCGCCGCGGAGGUAUGGAGGCGAGCCACCGUUGUUGUUAGCCUGGGCUUUGGCCCAGCGGCGUAAGCUUGCUCUGGAACGCAUGCGCGGGAUACGCAUCGCGCCGCCUCCCGAGCCCACGAUCGCCGAGGCCACGGACGAGAGCUGGACGUACGACCAGGUCCUCCGUGGCGAGGUCGAGGUGGAGGACGACGACGACGACUGGCGCUCCGAGCACUCGGACGCGUCAGGCGAAAGUGACCUGGAGGACGAGGAGGACGAGGCGGCGCUCUACCGCGACUUGAUGCGCGCCAAGUCUCCAGACGAGGACGGCGAGGCCAUCCAGCCCAUCCUGCUAGCGCACCUGACUUCGACGUCAACGUCGCCCCUCACGCGCCGCCGGUACGCCGAGAUCCGGUCGGGCCCGGCCUCCGCGCCCUCGACACCCACACGCGCCCUCACGACUGCGACUGCCCCCUCUCUCGAUCCGUUGAGCAGCGCGAUCGCCGCGCGCCAGGAGGACAUGAGAGGCGUGCAGCGCGACGAGUGGGACGAGGAGCGCCGCCGCUCCUGCGUCGUCUGCAUGGUGCAGACGCGCGAUGUGAUCCUGUGGCCGUGCCGAUGCCUCCUUAUGUGCAGUGACUGCCGUGAGAGCCUCGCCGCCCGCUUGCCUGCCAAAGACCAGGCGUGUCCCAGCUGCCGCACGAAGGUUGAAGGGUACAGUCGCAUCUAUGUGCCGUAGUGUAUGCAUGGCGUGUAUGUUAUC